AUGGGUUCACCAAAGCCCAUCAACCGUGCUUGGUGGAAAGAAAGCUCCGUCUACCAGAUCUGGCCUGCGUCUUACAAGGACUCGAACGAUGAUGGCAUUGGUGACAUUCCCGGUAUCAUCUCGAAGCUCGAUUACAUUAAGAACAUUGGCGUUGACAUCGUCUGGCUGUGCCCGUCAUAUAAGUCGCCCCAGGUUGAUAUGGGGUAUGACAUCGCCGAUUACUAUAGCAUCGCAGACGAGUAUGGUACGGUCGCAGAUGUCGAGAAGCUGAUCCAAGGAUGUCACCAGCGUGGUAUGAAGCUUCUUAUGGAUCUAGUAGUCAACCACACCAGUGACCAGCAUGAAUGGUUCAAACAGUCGCGCAGCUCCAAGAAUAACGAGUUCCGGGACUGGUACGUCUGGAAGCCGCCUCGCAUUGACGAGCAGGGCAACCGUCACCCUCCCAACAACUGGGUUUCUCAUUUCCAAGGAAGUGCUUGGCAGUUUGACGAGCUCACUGGCGAGUACUAUCUUCACCUUUAUGCCACCGAGCAGCCCGAUCUCAACUGGGAGCAUCCGCCCGUGGUCAAGGCCGUCCAUGACAUCAUGCGAUUUUGGCUCGACAAGGGCUGUGACGGCUUCCGCAUGGACGUGAUCAACUUCAUUAGCAAAGAUCAGGCUUUCCCGGAUGCGCCCAUCAAGAACCCGCACAGUGAGUGGCAGUGGGGCGACAAGUAUUACGCCAACGGGCCGCGACUUCACGAGUAUCUACAGGGUGUUGGCAAGAUUCUGAAGGAAUACGAUGCCUUCAGUGUUGGUGAGAUGCCCUUCGUCAAGGAUGAGAAGGAGGUACUCCGGGCUGUGCAAUUCGACCGCAACGAGAUUAACAUGAUUUUCAACUUCGAGCACGUUGAUAUUGAUCAUGGCCAAUAUGACAAGUUCGAGCCUGGUAGCUGGAAGCUUACCGACCUGAAGGAGUUCUUCGAGCGCUGGCAGAAGUUCAUGUAUGCCAAUGAUGGUUGGAACGCCCUCUACUGGGAGAAUCAUGACCAGCCGCGCUGCAUUGAUCGGUUCACCAAUUCGAAAGAGGAGUACCGGCUCGUCGCGUCUAAAAUGUUGGCUAUUGCGUUGGCCCUACAGUCUGGCACUCCGUUCGUAUACCAGGGACAAGAACUGGGCAUGCGAAAUGUCCCUACUACGUGGGGCAUUGAAGAGUACAGGGAUAUCGACUGUCUCAACCACUGGAAUGGAGUUGUGAAAGGAAAGAAAUUCGACACAAGAGCCCAAGCCAUUGCUCUGCAAGAGUACCAGAAAAAGUCUCGUGACAACGCUCGCACCCCAGUGCAAUGGUCCGAUGCACCAAAUGGAGGAUUUACCGGUCCCAAUGUCAAGCCUUGGAUGUCUGUGAACCCAGAUUACGUGCGUGUCAAUGCUGCUGCCGAAGUCAAGGAUCCCAACUCGACCUACCACUUCUGGGCAGCCGUACUCGGACUGCGCAAGAAGUACCUGGAUAUCUUCGUUUACGGCGACUGGGUUAAUGUUGAUCGCACAAGCGAGAAGGUGUUUGCUUACACUCGUCAGUAUGAGAACCAGAAGGCUCUGGUGUUGUGCAACUGGACCGAGAAGACCCUGGACUGGGAUGCUUCAAGCAACGGCAUCGCCAGUGUCAAGGAGGUGCUACUUAACACCUAUGACAGUGCCACUGAGGCCACACAGCGCUUCUCCGAUGCAUACACAAUGACAUCCCAAGAGGCCCUCCCGGCCCACCUAGACCCAACCACAUACCCACGCACACACCACGAUGCCGCGCAAAACAUCCACCUAACACUCACCUACACCCCACUCGACCCAAACACCUACCUAUCUCAAGUCUCCUCCCCCGCCGCCGGCGCAAAUGUGUUUUUCCUCGGAACAACACGCGACACCUUCGAAGACAGACCCGUCUCACAACUAAGCUAUACAACAUACCCCCUCCUCUCGCUGAAAACACUUGCCGCUAUCGCGGAGGACGCCGUGAGGAAACACCAGCUUUUGGGCGUGAGCAUUGCCCAUAGAUUGGGCGUCGUGCCUAUCGGGGAGGCAUCUAUUGCGAUUGCGGUUAGCUCGGGGCAUCGGGCGGCGGGGUGGAGGGCCGGUGAGGAGGUUCUUGAGGCUUGUAAGGAGAGGGCGGAGAUUUGGAAGAGGGAGGAAUUUGUUGAUGGGGGGAUGGAGUGGAGGGCUAAUGCUGAUCGGGAUGGGGAGGGAAGAUUGGUUGGGAAUCCCAGGAUGGAGGAGUCUUGA